GUCGGGGCUGAGCUUGUGGUUUUAAUCAAAGGGAAGACGGGGAAGCUAUGCGGAGAGAUGUAAAAUGGCAGAGCUGCAAAUGUUGUUAGAGGAAGAAAUUCCAGCUGGUAAACGAGCACUCAUAGAGAGUUACCAGAAUCUAACCCGUGUAGCAGAUUACUGUGAAAGUAAUUAUGUCCAGGCACCGGACAAAAGGAAAGCGCUGGAGGAGACCAAAGCCUACACCACCCAGUCGCUGGCCAGUGUGGCCUACCAGAUCAAUGCCUUAGCCAACAAUGUGCUGCAGCUGCUGGACAUUCAGGCGUCCCAGCUGCGGCGCAUGGAGUCCUCCAUCAACCAUAUCUCCCAGACGGUGGACAUCCACAAAGAGAAGGUGGCGCGGCGGGAGAUCGGCAUCCUGACCACCAACAAGAACACGGCGCGCACGCACAAAAUCAUCGCUCCGGCCAACAUGGAGCGGCCGGUGCGCUACAUCAGGAAGCCCAUCGACUACAACGUGCUGGACGACGUAGGCCACGGCGUGAAGCAACAUGGAAACAAUCAGCCAAUCAGAGGGACCGGAACACUCUCCAGGACCAAUCCGCCGACUCAGAAGCCACCCAGCCCGCCCAUGUCUGGUCGUGGCACUCUUGGACGCAACACCUCUUAUAAGACUCUGGAGCCAGUGAAGCCACCCACCGUGCCCAAUGACUACAUGACGAGCCCGGCCAGACUGGGCAGCCAACACGGCCAACACAGUCCUGGACGCACCGCCUCUCUCAACCAGAGACCCAGGACCCACAGCGGCAGCAGUGGAGGCAGUGGCAGUCGGGAGAACAGCGGCGGCAACAGCGUUGGUAUUCCCAUAGCUGUACCCACCCCAUCCAUUCCCAACUCUGGACAAGCCCCACCCAUGUCAGCCCCUCCCCCCCCAGGAGCACCUCCACCUCCUCCUGCCCCCCCCUUGUCAGCACCUCCUCCCCCAGGAGCUCCUCCUCCUCCUCCUGCUCCCCCUCCGCCACCUCCUCUCCCCGGGCAGGGCCCGCCCAUGCCUACGGGCGGUGGCAUAGUCGUGUCCCAGUUCGGCACGAUAUCGCGGCAGAUGUCACGGCACAACUCCAACAACGCCUCGUCCGUCUCCAUGGUUUCGGCCACGGGCACUUAUCGGCGUGCGCCCGCGGUCACCUCGCAGCUCUCCCUCCAGCAGCAGCACCAACAGCAGCAGCAGCAGUUACAGCAGCAGCAGCUACAACAACAACAGCAGCAGCUACAGCAGCAGCAGCAGCAGCAGCAUCAGCCACAGCUCAAUGGUGGCACCAACGCCUACCCCCCCAACUCAAUGUCUGUGGCCCCACCUCCUCCCCCCAUGCCCCAGCUGACUCCACAGAUCCCCCUGACUGGCUUUGUGGCCAGAAUGCAGGAGAACAUUGCCGACACCCCCACGCCUCCCCCGCCCCCUCCCCCGGAUGAGCUGCCCAUGCUGGACGACUCGCCCCCCCCACCCCCGCCCCCCCCGGUGGACUACGAGGACGAGGAGGCGGCCGUGGUGCACUACCAAGACCCGUAUGCCGACGGAGACCCCAACUGGGCCCCCAAGAUCUAUCUGGAGAAAGUGGUGGCCAUCUACGAUUACGCCCAGGACAAGGACGACGAGCUGUCGUUCAUGGAGGGCGCCAUCAUCUACGUCAUCAAGAAGAACGACGACGGCUGGUAUGAGGGGGUGAUCAACGGCACCACCGGCCUGUUCCCUGGCAACUACGUGGAGUCCAUCAUGCACUACGCCGACUGAAGGGACACACACACACACACAUUCUCACACACUCUCUCUCUUCUGUCAUAUCUCUCUCGCUGACCAAACUAAAACUAUCUUCCUAUUCCAUGCUGAGUACAGAAAAGUGCAUUUGGAUAUGAUUGAAUGUUUUUUCCUUAUGAAUGACAAAUAAUAAAUGAACAAAUAAAAGUAAGAAAAAUCUAUAACUUUAUUUUGGUGGUAUGGGUUAAUGGGGCAAGGGAAAUACAAGUGUAAAGGAUGUGGGUGAGGGUUAUGCUUGAGGACAGUGGGGCCGGAGUUACAGACAUAAGGACACAAGUACGUUGUGUGUUAUACAGACAGUGACUCGCUCAGCCAAAUGACUGUAACUCAGUGGAUCAAUCAAAAUGACCCUAAGAAUGCCACCCAAAGUCUUGGAUGGGGGGGGGUUUCCAUUGACUUCAGAUCCCCAGUUUGAAUAUGUGCCAUUUGGGGUGAAUCAUCUUUUUUUUCUUCUCCCCCCCCCCCCCCCCCCCCCCAAUCAUAUUGAAUUUUUCUCCCCACCCACUUUCUUUUCCAAUUUCAUCUCAAGUCACUGGACAUCCUUAUAUGUUGAAAGUGUUGAUGUAUGUAUGAAGCAUGCACAGAGUUAAAAUGUCCAAAAGGAUUUGUAUUAUAUAAUAAACUCCACUUUUAGUUCCAUUUUUUAAAGAAACAAUAUAUUUACACUGCUCAGUUUAGUUUUAUGUUAUUCUAAUGCUGUCAUUUGGGCUCCCGAACAAUUUUGGACUUUCUGAUUGUCUGUAUCUUCUUUAGACAUUCUUAAUUUGUAUUUUAAACAUUAUUUUAUAUAAUUUUUGGAAUUUGACCAUUCUGUGUUCCCUGAAACCCACAAGGUUUUGGACUGUACAUGAUAAUGAGGCUUUUUGUUUUUCUUGUGAUGUAAAAUUCAGACGCUGGAUUCCAGAGCAUGAGAAACCCCUCUACCUUACCCACCUUAUUACUGGGUUGAAAGCCACAGAUGGACAAAAUAAUUUACUUCUACCACCUAAAUAUCUGUAGAUAGCUUUAAAAGUCAUAUAGGCAAGAGUGUUAAGAUGCUACCUGUCAGUACCAAUCAUGGCUACGCUGCGCUGUAAUUAAAGCAACAUGGGGCCCAGACAUUUUCUUCUUUUUUUUUGCGUCGCCCUUCUUCUCAUUUGUCAAAUCAGCAGAGGAAAACACUGCCAUAUUGCAUCUCAGUCGCUGUGUGGAGGCCAAGAGAACUCGGAUACCUCUCCUCUCAGUGUAUGACUUGCGAGUAUCAUGCUUUUGUUUGAAGAGGUAUGUGUCUGUAAUGGGCUGAUCGGGUUGCGUGUGUGCAACCUCCUGCAGACAUGACCACUCAUAGUAUCCUCUACCCCUCUGCAGAAGUCAGAGCAGGGUUUUGUUACCCGUCGUCAACUUUAAGAGCGGUCAGUAUGGCCUCAGGGGUGCGUUCAGAUUUGGUGAACAGUGGCGAACAUUCUUGGCAAACAUGUUUCCUACAACCAGUUAAAUUUGAACAAAACUGUUUGCAAACGUUCGCCUAUGUUUGCGAAUUUGAUCACACCUCAGAUCAAAGUUGUUCUAAAACACAAGGACUAAAGACUGUAGUCAUGGCUGCCGAUCAGCAAAUGUAGUUCUUCAAUGAUUGUUUCCACCAUGCUGUUAAAGAUUGUGUUGGAAAUUCAUGUGCAUCUUCAUUCAGGCAAAUUUAUUUUUAUUUUAACCAUUCAAAAAUCAUCGCCCUCCAGGCUUACAUACUGUAGGUUCUACAGAGUUAACUGUGCUUGCCAUAGUUUGCCAUGUCAGGGGGAUAUGGCAGCUAAUGCCUUGUUACUUUUAACAGGUUUAUGCUUCGUUGAUGGUUAACAUUCAUUGUGAUCCAGCUGAAUUUUGCAGGGCAGAAAUAUCAACGCUUGUGUCUCUGCUCAUCAAUUUGUAUUUAUAAUAUGUUAAUUGAAGAAAUUAAAUGUACAGUCUUUUAUAAUAAAUCCUUCUCCUAUAUAAAA